UUCUACUGUAACAAGAUGGGCUUUGAACCUCUGGCCUACAAGGGCCUGGAAACGGGUUCCCGGGAGGUGGUCAGCCACGUGAUCAAGCAAGGCAAGAUCGUGUUUGUCUUCUCCUCCGCCCUCAACCCCUGGAAUAAAGAGAUGGGCGACCACCUGGUAAAACACGGCGAUGGAGUGAAGGACAUCGCAUUUGAGGUGGAAGACUGUGACUACAUCGUGCAGAAAGCCCGGGAACGGGGCGCCAAAAUCGUGCGGGAGCCCUGGAUAGAGCAAGAUAAAUUCGGGAGGGUGAAAUUGGCUGUGCUGCAGACGUACGGGGACACGACACACACCCUGGUGGAAAAGAUGAACUAUACCGGCCGGUUCUUGCCUGGAUUCGAGGCCCCAGCAUUCGUGGACCCCCUACUUUCCAAGCUGCCCAGCUGCAGUCUGGAGAUUAUCGACCACAUUGUGGGAAACCAGCCUGAUCAGGAGAUGGAGUCUGCCUCAGACUGGUACCUGAAGAAUCUGCAGUUCCAUCGUUUCUGGUCUGUGGACGACACACAGGUGCACACAGAAUACAGCUCUCUGCGCUCAAUCGUGGUGGCCAAUUAUGAGGAGUCCAUCAAGAUGCCCAUUAAUGAGCCAGCACCGGGCAAGAAGAAGUCCCAGAUCCAGGAAUAUGUGGACUAUAAUGGGGGCCCUGGGGUACAGCACAUUGCUCUCAAGACCCAAGACAUCAUCACAGCGAUUCGCCACUUGAGAGAGAGAGGCAUGGAGUUCUUGGGUGUUCCAUCAACAUACUACAAACAACUGCGGGAGAAGCUCAAGUCUGCCAAGAUCCGAGUGAAAGAGAACAUUGAUGUCCUGGAGGAGCUGAAAAUCCUGGUAGACUACGAUGAGAAAGGCUACCUCUUGCAGAUCUUCACCAAGCCCGUGCAGGAUCGUCCCACGCUCUUCCUGGAAGUCAUCCAGCGCCACAACCACCAGGGUUUUGGAGCCGGCAACUUCAACUCACUGUUCAAGGCUUUCGAAGAGGAGCAGAACCUGCGGGGCAACCUUACCGACUUAGAAAACAACGGGAUAGUGCCGGGCAUGUAG